AUGGAGGAAAUCCCCAGUGUUUCCUUGGAGAACAUUAUUGAUAGUAGAAACAUCACCUUCAUUCGCUGGAAGGUUCAUAACGAUUGGGUGACCAAGAGAGUGGAUGAUUGUGGAAAAACCAAGGGAUGCUUUAGGUAUGGCAAACCUGGAUGUAAUGCAGAGACUUGUGACUAUUUUCUCAGCUAUCGUAGAAUAGGAGCUGAUGUAGAGUUCGAAUUGAGUGCUGACACCGAUGGCUGGGUGGCAGUAGGAUUUUCCUCGGACAAGAAAAUGGGUGGAGAUGACGUUAUGGCUUGUGUUCAUGAUGACAAUGGAAGGGUCCGAAUUCAGCACUUUUAUAAUGUUGGCCAGUGGGCUAAAGAGAUCCAGAGAAAUCCAGCCAGAGAUGAAGAAGGGGUUUUUGAAAACAACCGUGUGACUUGUAGAUUUAAACGUCCUGUGUAUGUUCCCAGAGAUGAAACUAUUGUAGAUCUUCACUUAAGCUGGUAUUAUUUGUUUGCAUGGGGUCCAGCAAUUCAAGGUUCUAUAACUCGGCAUGACAUAGACUCACCACCUGUAUCAGAACGUGUUGUCAGUAUUUACAAGUAUGAAGACAUUUUUAUGCCAUCAGCUGCCUAUCAGACCUUUUCUUCUCCAUUCUGUUUGCUUCUUAUUGUUGCACUGACCUUUUAUUUAUUGAUGGGAACCCCAUGAUCACAGCUGGAUACGUAUGGAAAAUAGUGAGAAUUUGUUAGAGUUCCUCGGAAUGGAUGCAUUUUCUGUUGGAAUUCAUAUCACAUUAUCAUCUAGCUGCUUUGUUGACAAUUUCAUCUUUUCAGCAAGGAAAUAACCUCUCCUUUGACCUAUAAAGAUGUGCCAAAUAAUUAAGAAUAAUCAAGGAGCAAGUAACAAAUCACUUCCAAUGUAACUACUAGUUUAAUGAAAAAUACUUUUGUAAAUUGUGUGUGUGUGUUGGGGGGGGAGAAUUUAGUGAUGGAUAUAUAGAUUCAGAUUAUUUAUUGUAUAAUUUUCUUCGAUUUAUAAUGUACAAGUUGGGGGAAUAUCGUCUGUUAAAUACUUGUGAUGCAGAUAGCACAUCUGUAAGUGCUGUUUUUGAACUCGAUGUCAAGGUAUCGUCACAACACUGCUGUUUAAUAAGGAUUGCUCUCUGUUAAAGGGCAGUUCCCUCCUCAAAUACUUUGAAUUUGACUGAAGCAGUUUGUAGUCCUACAUGUUUCUGGCACUUUCCAAAACCAGAAAAUGCUUCAAGUUCCAUUUAUAACCACAAUUAAACUUUCCAUUGCAGAAGGCUAAUAAGUGACUGCACUAUAAAAAUAAUUCUUAGAUACAGUUCUACUUAAGAAGAGAGAUCAUGCUGUUUAAACAAGGAAAAAGAAAAUUAAUACUAGUAUAAAUUCUUCAUAAUACAGAAGAAUUCCUAAGAAUAUAGAGACUAUAGAAACCCCCACAAGCCAUAACACAUUUUCCCAAUAGGCAAAGUAAGUUUCUUUUUUAUGAAAAAAUGUUACUUAGAUAUAAAUAUAUCUUUUAAAUAACUGUUUUGUGGUAUUGCUAAGGUGUCUGGUUGCCCAUUGCUAUGUGCCCAUAAAUCCCACUCAUGUUAAAGAUAAAAGGGAGCACCUCAUUGUUCCCAGAACAAUGCAAACAUGAUCUAUGGUAUUAAUGGGAAAAUACAGGCAUAAAUAAGAGCCUUCAUUUUAGUUCCAUCAGAACCACAGUUAAAAUCAUAUUUAUACAAUGAGGAAUAAGACAAACCAGGAAAAUAAGAUUUGAAUUUUCUAGCUUUAGGAAGUAUUACAAAAAUUGAAAAAAAUAGUUGUGUAGUUGGAAAAGGGAGUUG